AUUCACCCGAGAGGAGUGGGGACAAUUGAACCCAUCUCAGAAAAUGUUGUACAGGGAUGUGAUGCUGGAGAAUUAUAGGAACUUGGUGUCUUUGGGAUUUGCAGUUUCCAAACCAGAUGUGAUCUACCAGUUGGAAAGGAAGGGAGCAUCUUGGAUGCCAGAGGCAGAUAUUCCCAGAAGCAGCUGUCCAGAGGGCAGAGAAUUCACUGGAGAUAAACCUCUUGAAUGUAAUGAAUAUGGGAAGGCCUUCUGGAGCAAGGAGCAUCUUGGUUUGCAUCACCGAAUUUAUACUGAAGAGAAACCAUAUGAAUGUAGUGAAUGUGGGAAGGCCUUCAGGACUAAAAUAAAACUUGGAGUCCAUCACAGAAUUCAUACUGGAGAGAAACCUUAUGAAUGUAGUGAAUGUGG